AUGGUGUUCCCAGCCAAGAGGCUGUGUGUGGUCCCGUACAUGGAGGGCGUUCGCUGGGCCUUUUCCUGCGGCACCUGGCUGCCAAGUCCAGCCGAAUGGCUUCUGGCGGUGCGAUCGAUCCAGCCAGAGGAGAAGGAGCGCAUCGGCCAGUUCGUGUUUGCUCGCGACGCUAAGGCGGCCUUGGCUGGUCGUCUUAUGAUAAGGAAAUUAGUUGCAGAGAAAUUGAAUAUCCCUUGGGAUCACAUCCGUCUGCAGAGAACUUCAAAGGGAAAGCCAAUUUUGGCGAAAGACACGUUGAAUCCUUAUCCCAAUUUCAACUUUAACAUCUCUCAUCAAGGGGACUAUACAGUUCUUGCCGCAGAACCUGAACUACAAGUUGGUAUUGAUAUCAUGAAGACUAGUUUUCCAGGUCGUGGUUCAAUUCCAGAAUUCUUUCAUAUCAUGAAAAGAAAGUUUACAAACAAGGAGUGGGAAACAAUCAGAAGUUUUAAUGAUGAAUGGUCUCAACUGGAUAUGUUUUACCGGCAUUGGGCACUGAAAGAAAGCUUCAUAAAAGCCAUUGGUGUUGGACUGGGAUUUGAAAUGCAGCGGCUUGAAUUUGAUGUAUCUCCAUUAAGCAUGGACAUCGGCCAGGUUUAUAAGGAAACACGUUUGAUUUUGGAUGGGGAAGAAGAAAAGGAAUGGGCCUUUGAGGAAAGCAAAAUAGAUCAACACCAUUUCGUUGCGGUGGCUCUUAGGAAGCCUGAUGGAUCUAGACAUCAAAAUGGAGCUGUAUUGGAUUUGGGCCUGGCCGUUUUGUGACUGUAUAGCUCAGAAUGCCUACGUGACUCUUGGCUGCAUGGCCACAGAUGUUCAGCCCUAAAAUGACUGCCAUAAAGUCAUGAGAUUGUUGAUCAAAAGCCUUUCCCAUGAAUUUACACACAAGAAGAAAACAACCACUGAAUGCUUCAGCAAAUACCAGAUGUCUCCUGAGCAAACACCUGGUGUCUCCACUGCAUGACCUCUUCACCUCCUGCUAUCAGAGUACCCUCACAAAGGGUACCUCCUUUGUGUUUCACAAAGGGCACUCCCCCUAUCUGAAUGCCUUAUAAGCCGUAACACUCACCCCAAUAAACGAGACCUUGACAACAGAACCUAGCUUGGUCUCCUUCUUUUCUCUCCCACCCUUGACACUCAGGUAGAGCCUCUUUGGGACCCUGAAUAACUGGGCCUGCUGGAUGGGUCAAAUGACAAUUUUAGUCAUUAAAAAAAGAGCUGACUUCAGAGACUUUCUCCAUGUAGAUCACUAAUUAAACAAUACAUUUGUGUCUUUACUCAUAAGAUUUCCUAUUUUAGGCUGAGCAUACAUGUUAUUCAUAUAUCUGAAUUUAUAUUCAUAUAUACACCUGCUUAUGUAUUAUUUAUGACAUAUACAUAUGUUUACAUGACACAUAUAUGAGUACCACCAUUGUAUUGAAAAGCCUAAUACUAGUUGAGAAAUCAUUAACUUUGUCAGGAAAAUAGCUGAAUGUUCUUACUUUGAUACAUGGAUGGAAAUUCAAUAGGUUGUAGUUGUGAUUACAUAGAGUUGGUGAGCCCUGGCUUUCAUUCAUCAUUUCAAAAACAAUGGCUAUCUAAUCAUGGAUUUUUAAAUCAGUGAAAUGACAGAAGUGCAGAGAUGGUGUUUAUUUUGACUCGUAGAUUGUGCUUAAUAUGAUGUUUUAUAUCUGUGUAUCAAUAGGUCCUAAAAAUAUGCCACUUUAUAGAAAUUAAUUUUAUUUAAAGCAAAUAACCACUGUGAACAAAACUGAAGUUUUCAAGUAUACUUGAAAACAGGUAUUUAGUAGUCUUAAAGAAAUGUACUUUUAAGAAUAAGCUUGUAGAAAAUGAAACAUUUUCAGUUAAUAACAAAUAAAACCUGAAUUGUUAAUCAUAAA